AUGCGUAAUUUCCUCUUCUUGUUAUUUUCUGAGAUUCUCCCCUCUUUGUUGAGCAUGUCUCUCUUUUUUUCAACUCCCUCACUCUCGCUUUUUAACUCCCUCACUGUCUCUAUGCGACUUUUUCUCUCUCUCUCUCUCUCUCUCUCGCUCUCUCUCUCUCUCUUUCUAAAUAUUUGCCUUUUUCUUACUGAAACAUAUCAGCCCCAACUUUCUUACUCUACUUAUAUUUUAUAUUAUCUCUCUUUCAUUUUUCUUUCUCAUCUCACUCCCUCGUCGCCUUUAACUCUUUCUUUCACUCUUACCACUUGUACAUUUUUAUUUCUCUUUAAGAUCUCUCGUUUACACCCUCUCCUGCUGCUUACACUUUUUUUCUUUCUUUCUUUCUUCUACCCCUUCGAUAGAUAUUAUCUUUCCUCUCUAUUUGUAUUCUUCAACUUUCCCACUGUUUAUCUUCCUUUGACUCUCUCUAAUUCUUUGGCUUUUUGUCUCUCUCUUUCCCCCCACUGUCUUCCUCUCUUAGAUAUUAUCUCUCUUUCAUUUUUCUCUCUCAUCUCACGCCCUCGUCGCCUUUAA